AUGAACCACAACAUAUCCAAACAGGAAAUGCAAAGUUUCAGUAGCUGCUACGCAGAAGGAGACAAAACAAAUCAGCUCUCUGUGCGCCUGAAAAGAAAUGCUUUUGAGGAUUCUGUGCCAUCCCAUUCCAGCAGGGCUAUCAUUUCUCAUUUUCUGGGCAAAGCUACCAAGAAAAAUAGUUUAACAACUCAAGACUUUGACUUCUCGUCAAGGAAUCUGUCCCAUUCCACUGCAGAAUCAUUUCAGGAGGACAGAAGCAGUGACUGCUUCAAAGAUAGUGUACAGGACCUUGGCUCGCCUUUCAGUCAGUACCAUAUUUCAAACAACACUGAAGGGGACCGAUUGCUCGACAAACAUUUGCAAGCAAAGAGGGCAAGAGUAGAGAACAUCAUCCGAGGAAUGAGCAGUUCUCCAAACACCAUCCUCAACAGUGAGCUUGAGAGGGACUGUCGCCAACGACCUGGAAUUUUGGGAGAUAGAUACAAAGAGAAUAAACGGAAGCAGAGACUUCCUCAACAGCAGCAAAAGCAGAAGGAGAAUCCCUGGAAAUUUCCCAAAUUAACCGCAUCCCUCAAGAAUCACAAGAGACGGGAAUGUCAUAAAUUAAAGCAGCAGUUACAGGAUAUGCAGGGAAAACUCCUUGAACUUCAAGAAAAGUUUUUCCACAUGUAUGAUGCCAGUGAGUCUGAACAAGAGGACCAGGGGGACACUUCUGAUUACAGCUUCCACUUGGGUGGUCCUGACUGCAAUGGAGAGAAUGGAGAAAAUACUCUAGAAAGAUGCCUUUCAGAAAUGAACCAAGGUUAUGACUGUGCUCAAUCGUUCGGCCAAGAAAAAGAACUGACAAUGCCAAAAGAUGCAAACAAACAUCACGAUGUAGACAGGAAAUUCAACAAUCAUACACAUUUUUCGUUCUCUCUUGUCAAGGGUGGCUACCUUGCAGAGGCCCUUAAAUAUGAAUUAACUAAUGCAGUAGCUCACAUUGUAGAUUCAGCAGUGCAGUUGUUCUCUGUGAAACCUUCAAACAUCUCUUCCCAAGCAUUUCAAAGCUUGCCAGCCUCUCUGCCUAAGGGUCUCAUGCCUAAUGAGAACUCAAACUUGAGGAUGGCCAGUCAUGACCUUCACCACUCUCCAGAUUCAAGGAUGAUACGCAGAUGUUAUGACAACUCUCAAAGCCCUUCUAUCUAUGACAUUCAGGAUCAGACAGAAGCAAUACCAUUAGUAGUGAGAAAAUCAUCCCAAAACCAAUCUAUCAUUGGUAACUCUAACGCCAAGAUACCUUUAUCAUUAGCAUUAGGUUCGCAGAUGCCUCUGACUGAAUUGCCUGAACCUCUGUUGAGAUAUGAUGCGCAUAACGACAUAAGCCACUGCCUCUCAGCUACUGAAAAGGAUUCAUCUUCUGAAUCAAUGCCUCCUUCCUGGGAUGCAGUCAAACUGAGAUCGAAGGUUAUCUCCCAUCAUACGGCAGAACAGCCGUUCCCACAAUCAGGUCGAAGUCCAGCAGAGAAUCUCUGUCUUUCUCGCGUUAAGUCUGAACGUGGAGAAUUGCAUUCCAUGGAAGAUGUCACGCCAUUCAACAGUCUUCAUGUUCAGGACGGACUAACGCCUAAUCACCUGAAGAAAGCCAAGCUGAUGUUCUUCUACAUCCGUUAUCCCAGCUCAGCCACAUUGAAAACAUACUUCCUGGAUGUUAAGUUUAACAGAUGUAUCACGUCACAGCUUAUCAAAUGGUUCAGCAAUUUUCGAGAGUUUUACUAUAUCCAGAUGGAGAAAUUUGCCCGGCAGGCUGUAAGUGAUGGCAUAACCAAUGCCAAUGACCUAAAAGUCACCAGAGACACUGAACUUUACCGUGCACUCAACAUGCACUACAACAAAGCUAAUGAUUUUCAGAUUCCCAAACAGUUUUUGGAAGUUGCAGAAGUGACACUUCGAGAAUUUUUUAAUGCAAUCUACUCUGGAAAAGACUCGGACCCUUCCUGGAAAAAAAACAUUUAUAAGGUGAUCUGUAAACUGGACAGUGAGGUCCCUGAGAUAUUUAAUUCUCAGGGGAGUCUGCAAGACAUCCUGUACAAUUAG